GCUGCAGAUUCCUGUUGUGGUCCGUCGUGACGCUGGUCGUCGUAGCGGUGGUUGCCAUAUCAACGGUCCUCAUAAUGUAUCUUAACCAGUAUCAUCUGCCCUUCAUCAGCAGUAACCGGGGCAGAGCCUCCCCCUCCUCCUCACCCGUGAUUUCGACCAAUCCCAGGGACUCUGGCGCCCUGGUGUCAGUGUCCCGUGUGACGGACGGAGAGCCAAUCAGCAUCUUCCUUGACCCAAACUGCCCGGACUACAGCGAGAGCUUCCUGCGCUGGGAGGCGCUGCAGAGCUCCCUGCUGCACGCGCUGACCAAUCACAACGCAGACGGCUGGCAGGACACGGGACUGGCCCCCGGAUUGGCCGAGGAGUUGAAGAUGCUGGUGGGACAAGCCCACCAUCUCAGGCUGGAAGCUGAUUCGCUGAAGAGAGGUCAGAGUGUUCUGGAGCAGCGGCUCGACGAGCUGCUCAGCGAGCAACGACGUGUCGUACAGGUAGCUGCCUAGC